GGAGUGGAAAGCGGAGCAAGGGACGUAACGUACAACUCGGUCUACGGCACGCCGCUUGUGUGCAAGAGCAGAACGAGGAGACGCGGGAAGAGCUGGGGUAUUUGCAGAUCAGUCUCUACAGAAAUCUGAAGCAAGAAAGAAAGGACGGUGAAAUGGACAAAUUGAAGAAUAAAAGGAAGCUAAGGUCAGGGAAGGAGGUUGACAAGGAUGAGGAGGCAGAAGAGGCUAAAGGAAGUAGUGGUGCUCCACCGACAGCAAAAAAGGUCAGGGGUGAUGACAUCACAGAGGCCAAGAAGGGUAAGGAUAAGAGCACUGAGGAGGAGGCAGAGCCUGGAAAAACACACAGUCAGAAAGAAGAUGCAAUUAUUGAGCGGCGUGCUGGUGGGGGUGUUGGCCAAACAGCCAAUGAGGGUCGCAUUUGCUCCCUCUGCAGUUUUGUGGCCAAAACCCCCACUGCCUUGAAGAUACAUGCGAAGAGGAAACACUUUGUGGAAGGGGCAAGUACUGGGAAGCCUCAGUUAGGAAACACCCAGCAGGAGAGAGGCAGUGAACAGUUAGAGCUGCCACAAACCAGUGAUUGCGCACCAUGUGUCUCUGAGACAAAUAUCACUGACUGUACAGAUGAACGUGUCCAAGAAAUGGACAUGGAAAAACAGGUGAUCACCUCAGAUAGUGGUCUGUGUGAAGGUGCUUCUCCUUACCAGGCAGAUUCAUUUAAGGGUGAACAGCAUCAGAGUGAAAGCAUUGCAGCUGAGGAACAGGUUGAGAACAUCCCACCACCGAAGUGUGAAGAAGCUGCUCAAGAUGAUUGCACAAAAUCAGAAAGCAGUAUUGCAGACAAAGCUACUUUACUGGGGGACAAAAGCGCAUUGGGCCUCCAGGCUUGCGUCGAGGAAGAGGACAGAAGUGUCUGCCAGCCCCCUGCAUGUUCCACCGAAUAUCCUGAAGCACAGGGGAAGAAUGUCCAUGUCAAAACGAGAGAGAAACGGAGUAAUCAUGGUGCUGGGCAGAGUGGAGACACCACCAUCAAUCCUACACAGAUACUUCUGGAAAUGGUUGAAACUGUUACUGAAGCAGAGAAUACAUGUAUAGAAGAUUUACCUCAGAGUGAUGGUGAGCGAAAGCAGGAGGCUUCUAUAGGGCUGAUGGAUGAUGAGCAGGAGCCACCCAUUAGUCAGAAGGUGGAGAAACAAGGCCCAAAACCCAAGGCACAACACCCAUGUGACUACUGUGGCCAUGUGCUUAAUGACAAACACAGCCUUGCAACACAUGUCAGAAGGUGCCGCAAGAAACAAAAUAACUUCUCCUGUGAGCCCUGUUCUUAUACUUGUGUGGCUAAGUGUGAUUUCGAAAAACACUGUUCAAGCAGCAAGCACAAAGCAAUAGUCUUGGAGGGCAGUAAUGCCCAGGAUAGCGUGCCGACUGCAAGUGUCAUUGACAAGUCAGAAGAUGCAUCCAAGAUGCUAGCCCAGGUGCCAAGCAAGGAAUCUGAUAGAGUCAUUGCUGUACAGCUUCGGCCAAAGGCUCAAAGCGUUCGCCUCCGUAAUCGUACUGGCAGCGAUGUCCCUGUAGCAUCCAAUGAAAAUGAGAAAGCAGCCUCCACAGGUGAGCUAGAGUGCAUUGAUAAAUCCUCCAGUGAGGACCAAUCAGUUGAUGAUGAUGAUGUGCAAGGGGAAUUAGACCCUGGAGCAAAGCAGUCUGCUGCAGCAGUCGGGGUCACACUAUCUGACGUUUCUGGAAAUGUGGAGGAGCAUGCUGCGAGGAGCAACCUGAAAAAAAGACGAGGCCGGCCAAAAGGGUUCACUAUGACAACCUGCCAAUACUGUGGACUGGUGGCAUCCAACGCCACAAACCUUACUGUCCACAUAAGGCGCAGGCACAGUCGUGAGUAUGGAUUUGCAUGCAAAGUGUGCAACUACUCUUGCGUGACCAAAGGUGACAUGGAUCGCCACUGUGCUACCAAGAAACAUAUGAAGCGUUUAGAGGUCGCCAGUGAUGGUCAAUCGCAGGAUUCUGAGGUAGAGUCUAUUAAUGUGGUGGAAGUUCUCCAUAGCAAAGUGCUUAUCACAGCGGAUCAGCAAACUACGGGAAAAGCUGUUAAAACAGAAUGCCAAGAGGCAGCUUCCAUUAUGUCGACACAGGAUGGGAACCCAUCCCACCUCCAGGAUGAAUCACAGGCUGAGAUGGGUGCCGUGCAAUCCAGAUUGGUUGAUCAGGAGGACACAACACAAGAACCAACUAGCCUAGCCCAAAAGAAGGGCAAGUAUGACACAAUCAACACCUGUACCUACUGUGGGUUUGUAGCCCACUCCAUCCCAUCACUUGAUCUCCAUGUCAAGCGGAAGCACACCCGGGAAUUUGAGUUUGUAUGCUUGGCGUGCAACUACUAUGCUGUCACCUGCAGGGAAAUGUCGCGCCACGCUGCGACUGAUAAGCACAGGCAGAAGAGUCAGACCUACCUGGACUUCCUUGGGAAUAAGGAAGUUGAUGUGACCCAAAGGAAUGUGAGUGUAGAGGAUGGGUCCCAGCCUAAUCCUGCUGGCCAUGAUGAAACACCUUCAGGGACUCCUAGUGCUCUAGGGGCUGCCUCUCAUGAAGACCCUCGGACAGAUACAGAUACCCAACCAGGUCAAUCCAGCGCUAAUGGAGAUGUUGUGGCUUUGUGUAAUGUGGAAGAGGCCGUCAACCUGUCUGAACAGGAUCACACUGAGGCCAGUGUUGAGGAGGAAGCGGAGACAGGAGGGGGUAGUGUAGUGGAAGCUGCUGUGAGUCAGGAAACUACCCUGUCUGAGAAGGAUCUAGGAAAAGGUGACCUGGAGGACCAUGGAGGCCAGCCAGUGUCAGUACUGGACUUGCCCGGCACUGAAGUUUCUGAAGGCACCAUAGCAGACCCUGAUCUGGAGUCUGCUGGUGAUCUCGGAGGUGAGGCUGAGUCUGAAACGGAGGACGAUUGCGUGGUUGAGGGUUCCUCAGAUGCCGACCCAGAGAUAGCUGAUGAGAGCAGGGACAGUCCAGCUGAAUCCAAGAUGCUCAGGGCGGUUCCUUUUGAUGCAUCCAUUGUUCCCUUCAAAACCAUGUUUGAGGGUGUUUCCUCAGUGCCAGUAAAAAUGUUUUCCCAGAGGCCUGCUGCAACUCUGGGCGGUGCUGUGAAGAAGAGCAAGCCAUCCACAAGCUCUUCUGGGGCUGCAAAGGGAGGUGGGUCUGCACGGAUCAGGUGCGAUGACUGUGGCUUCAUGGCCGAUGGCCUGAGUGGGCUAAAUGUGCAUGUCUCCAUGAAGCACCCUUCAAAGGACAAGCACUUCCACUGCUUGCUCUGUGGUAAGUCCUUCUACACUGAGAGCAACCUACACCAGCACCUGACCAGCGCCGCCCACCUGCGCAAUGAGCAGGCCAGCAUCGAGGAGCUGCCUGAAGGGGGCGCCUCCUUCAAGUGUGUGAAGUGCAGUGAGCCUUUCGUCACUGAGCAGGACCUCUUCAACCACAUUAAGGAGAAGCACGAGGAGCUCCUGAGGGAGGUGAAUAAGUAUGUCCUGGAGGACACAGAGCAGAUCAACCGGGAGCGCGAGGAGAACCAGGGCUCUGUGUGCAAGUACUGUGGCAAGGUGUGCAAGAGCAGCAAUUCCAUGGCCUUCCUGGCACACGUCCGCACACACACAGGGUCCAAACCGUUCAAGUGCAAGAUCUGUGACUUUGCCACGGCCCAGCUGGGAGACGCUCGCAACCACGUGAAGAGACACCUGGGUGUGAGGGAGUACAAGUGCUCCGUCUGCGGGUGGGCGUUUGUGAUGAAGAAGCACUUGAACACACACAUGUUAGGCAAACAUGGUGUGGGACAGCCCAAAGAAAGGAAGUUUGAGUGUAAGCUGUGCGACCGCUCUUUCAGUGAAAAGUGGUCGUUGAACAACCACAUGAAGCUGCACACUGGGGCCAAGCCGUUCAAGUGCACAUGGGCCGCCUGCCACUACUCCUUCCUGACCAUGUCCGCCAUGAAGGACCACUACCGGACCCACACAGGAGAGAAGUCCUUCCUGUGUGACCUCUGCGGUUUCGCCGGAGGGACGCGCCACGCCCUGACCAAGCACCGCCGCCAACACACAGGAGAGAAGCCGUUUAAGUGCCAGCUAUGCAACUUCGCUUCGACCACACAGUCGCACCUGACCCGACACCGGCGUGUGCACACGGGGGAGAAGCCCUACCACUGCCCCUGGUGCCACUACAGGUCUAACUGUGCCGAGAACAUCCGCAAGCACAUCCUGCACACGGGCAAACACGAGGGAGUGAAGAUGUACAACUGCCCAAAGUGCGACUAUGGCACCAACGCCCCCAUGGACUUCCGGAACCAUCUGAAAGAACUGCACCCUGACAUCGAGAACCCUGACCUGGCAUACUUACACGCAGGAAUCGUGGCCAAGUCGUUCGAGUGCCGGCUGAAGGGCCAGGGCGCGGCCUUCGUGAAGUCCGACUCCACCUUCUCGGCCGAGGAGGGCUCCCCGGCGCAGGCCCCCCAGGACCGGCCGGAGGAGCCGGCGGUGCAGCAGUUCAUCAUCAUCCAGGGCUACGGCGACGAGUACACGGUGGACAGCGCCCUGGAGGAGUCAGCCGCCGCCACGCUGCAGACCCUGGCCAUGGGCGGCCAGGUGGCCGAGGUCCUGCACAUCACCGAGGACGGCCAGGUCAUCGGCAGCGGCACCGCGGACGCCCACGCGCUGGCCGGCGGGGCCCAGUUCGUCCUGGUGGAGUCCGAGGAGGUGGGCCCCGUCCUGGGCCGGCCGGAGGGGACGGCGGCCUCCGGGGGCCACGUCUCGGAGUCCUCCAGCGCCCUGGACGCGCUGCUCUCCGCCGUCUCCGAGCUGGGCGGGGAGCAGGGGAGGAGCGGGGAGGAGGUGCUCGCCACCAAGAUUGAGGUGGAGGAGGAGGUAGCCGAGGGGACUUACGUGCAGGUGGUGCGGGAAGGGGAGGUGUCCAUGGAGGAGGAGCAGGGGAAGGAGGCGGGGAAGGAGGGCGGGCAGGUGGUGGACGGGGUGGUGCAGGAGGUGCUGCAGUUCGCCGCCAGCCAGCUGAUGAUGAAGGAGGGGCUGACGCAGGUGAUCGUCAACGACGAGGGCACGCACUACAUCGUGACCGAGCUGGACGGGUCCACCCUGCAGGUAGAGGGCACUGUGUACACCCAGGGGGAGGGCAGCGGGGGGCAGGAGGGCGAGGAGGGGGCGGAGCAGACUCUGGGAGGGCUGGUGGUGUAUUCAGAGUCCGCCGUGCAGGACUCUGUGAUGGAGGAGUAA